UUGGGCCAGGUCAUGGGCUGAGACCAAAUUUACACCAUUUCAGCUUUUAAACCCCAAACCCUCUUGUUGCUCUCUCCCCUCUCCCCUCUCGCUCUCUCUCACAAGUAGCAGGCAAACCCCAGCUGAUGGCUCUGCCCGCAGAUACAGCAAAGCUUAAAAUGUGUAUUUCCCAAGAUGAGUCAAACAAGAUUGUUAAAACAGUCAAUGCACAUGGAGACGGGCCAUUUGAUUUUUUGCGUAUUCUAUUUGAGGGUGCUAUAGCUGGAGGUGCUGCUGGUGUUGUGGUUGAAACAGCUUUGUACCCAAUUGAUACAAUAAAAACUAGGCUUCAAGCAGUUCGUGGUGGGGGAAAAAUUAUUUUGAAAGGACUCUAUUCUGGAUUGGCAGGAAAUCUUGCUGGUGUCUUACCGGCAUCAGCAAUAUUUGUGGGUGUAUAUGAACCUACGAAGCAAAAAUUGCUAAAGAGCUUCCCUGAAAACCUUAGUGCAUUGGCUCAUUUGACUGCAGGUGCUGUUGGAGGGGCUGCUUCUUCUAUCGUUCGUGUGCCAACUGAGGUUGUUAAGCAAAGGAUGCAGACCGGGCAAUUUGCUUCAGCUCCUGAUGCCGUCCGCCUCAUUGUUGCUAAGGAGGGUUUUAAAGGCCUUUAUGCGGGAUAUGGAUCCUUUUUGUUACGAGAUUUGCCUUUUGAUGCCAUCCAGUUUUGCUUAUAUGAGCAGCUUCGGAUGGGGUAUAAGCUAGCGGCAAGAAGGGAUCCAAAUGACCCUGAGACUGCUAUAAUUGGUGCUUUUGCUGGUGCAAUAACUGGAGCUAUAACAACUCCUCUUGAUGUGAUAAAAACUAGGUUAAUGGUUCAGGGAUCAGGAAACCAGUACAAAGGUAUCUUUGAUUGUGUUAGGACUAUUGUAAGAGAAGAGGGACCUCCUGCUCUUUUAAAGGGAAUUGGGCCAAGAGUGCUGUGGAUAGGUAUUGGGGGUUCAAUUUUCUUUGGUGUCCUUGAAAGGACAAAGCAGAUACUCGCCCAAAGGCGUUCUGUGGCUGAGAACCCGAAUUCCUUCAAGUUGGAUUAACAAUAGAUUCAGCAAUUGUCGGUAGAUUCAAUUCCUCCUUUCUUAAGAUCCAUAUCAGUAAGUUCAUUGGAGGAGCCAUCUGUCUGUGCUUCUGUGUUUUCUAGUUUUAUGCCUUUGUAACAGGCAAAAAAGAAAAAAAAGUAGUGAGCUGUUCUUGAGUAUUUUCUUCAUGAGAUCGAUGAAUUGAGUAUUCAUGACUUUGUAGUUUAGAUCUAUGUUUCGUUACUCAAAUUCAUCCCCUUUGUUUUUCAUGGAUCAGCAUCAUCUUUAAUUUUGUUACACCACUAGACCAAUAAGCUGUUGGUAUGAGAACAGUCUUUGUUUUUUAAAGUGCUUUCAUUACGUGUUAUUCUAACACCCAAAACUUCUUGUUGACUCCU